AUGUUGCUUGCCGGGUUCAUACCAAAGAACACCUCGAGAACACACAACGGCGAAGAAAACCUGACUGAAAACAUCACGGUCUGGCUUUCCUGCUUCAAAGCAUGAAACAAGUAAACAAAACAAGAUGCCGGUGGACACGCUUUGUGAUGCAACCCAAGAAUACUGUACGGUACUGUACCAAUCCAAUUCAUUCCAGCUGCGAAUAGAGACUUGCUCCUGUUGUUUCAAUUGAGCGGACUGGUUGUCACUCCCACUGAUUUGAGGAGAGCAAUCGACCCAAAGAACAAAGAACCCAAGCUACUGCUGUAUCUCCUGGGACCGCUCUGAUAUAAGGAAGCGACACUUCGACGAACCUUGGAAAGGAAGAUAGAAGAACUGAUGUGCCAUCUCCAAAUCUCUCACAAUUUGAAUCUAGUCCAGAAGUCCAGAAGUCAUCCGCCAUCAGCCUAUUGCCACCACCACAAGCGAGAACCCUCCUCCUGUCACCAUGUCUCUCUAUGCGCUUCCCGGGCCUCUCUUUGCUCCCUUGCAACAGAAUCACCAACUAGCCACAAACCGGUCGGAACCAAAGAAACGCGUUCUCGUAGACUUCUCCAAGGUAGAGCUGGAUACCAGCCUCAAGGCCCCAAGGAAGGCACUUUGUCGCAACUAUAGUGAUGAAAGUAGCACAACCGACCACAGCGAUCUCACUGGGUACGGCAGCAGUGCUUCUUCUUCUUCUUGUAGUAUGCAUGAUCAGCACCUCAAGAUCCGAGUCAAAGAUGCCAAGUUGGACUUUUACAAGCUGGCUCGACCCAAGGCGAAUGCAACCAAGACUUGUUGUCGGCGUCAACCCAAUGGUCGCCUUCAACGCCGACGCCAAGAGCAAGCCAAGGCAGCAGCCGCCGAGCAACAUACCUAUGAGAACGCCUUGGUGUUUGAACUGGAAAUCUCCUUUGUGGGACGAACCUACACUACCAAACGGACCUUGCAACAGAUUGCACAAUUCCGUAGCGAUCUCACACAAGACCUUCAGAUCCAACAGCAAUGGAUGGAACGAAGCAGCAAACAUAAGAACAAUCUACCACUAUUGGACGAUGGCAGCAGCCUCAGUAGCAGUACUAGUAGCACCGAUUCAAAUGAUUCCACCAUGAUUCCCGACUUGCCUCGCAUGUCCGAUGAAGGUGUCUAUGGUUGUGGUUUUGCCCAGAUGGGUGGGAUGCUGCAAUCCUACCGACCGUCGCUGGAGCAAUGGUUCCACCAAGUGGUGGACCAUGCCUCGGAGGCAGACGCCAUUUUGGCGGAUUUUCUCUGGGAACCUCUCUCGGCCAAGUGCAUGGAUGAACUACAUUCGAGCUUGACCGAACUGGGACCGAUUGAUGAGUAACAAACUCAAAACACAAAAAGCUGCACCAACAACUAACUGUUUCAGGCACAGCAGCUAACAAGAAUAUGCUACCGUACUCGGCAAGGCACGCUACAACAAUCAAUCAUAAGGAGACGAAUAAACUGGCUAAUUGUAACGAUAGAUAAUGCAUUUCAAACCAACAA